AUCGGGCUCCCGAGGUAUCGUCGCCAGCGGUCACUUGGAAUAAUUUCGCCAUGGUGCUCAACCAGAAGACCGAGCACGUGUACCCGUACGCCUGGGACGUCGUCUCCCGCGCCUUCUGGAACAAGUACCCGAACGCCAAGCUCACGCACGUCGAGCGCAUGGACGUCGUCUCGCGCUUCAUCGACGGCGAGGGCCGCCUCCACUCGGCGCGCCUGGCCAAGUGCUCCCAGAACAACAUGCCGGGCUGGGCCGAGUCGAUCGUCGGCAAGUACUCGUACGUCUACGAAGAGACGAUCUGCGACCCGGUCGCCAAGACGCUCCAGCUCAAGUCGACGAACCUGAGCUUCCGCAGCGUGGCCACGAUCAACGAAGUGUGCCUCUACACGCAGGCCAAGGGCCCGGACGGCACGUUGUCGCACACCAACUACACACAGGACGCGCAGGUGAGCGCGUUCGUGCCGUUCCUCUCGCAGAAGCUGGAGCGCCUCUCGGUGAGCCGCGGCGCCGAGACCGCCGCCAAGGGCCUCAGCGCCAUGGAGGCCAUCUGCAAGGAGAUCUUUCAGGGCAGCUUUGCGCUCUGCGAGCCCGCCAAGUCGAGCUCGCUCCACGCCAAAAUCAACCUCGAGUGAACCGACGUCGAAAAAUGUAUGGUGAUGGCCGACGGCUGACGCUGCCGACGCGACGAUAGACGUAGAGGGUCGUGCGCGGUCAAAGCUUGGGCCUUGUAUCUAUUUAACCUUGUGCUUUGUUGCAUGUUCUA